GUCGCUCACCAGGCGCCUGCCUCCAGUGCUGCUCUAACUUGUCCUACACCCUCCCGACCCCGUCAUGUCCAGAACUUCCUACGACAGAUAUCUUACCGUCUUCUCGCCGGAGGGGCGGCUGUACCAAGUCGAGUAUGCAUUCAAGGCCAUCUCUGGCUCUGGACACACGGCAAUCGCCGUGAGGGGAAAGGACACCGCGGUCGUGAUCACACAGAAGAAAGUACCAGACAAGCUCCUCGAUGCCUCCACCAUCACGCAUCUCUUCAGCAUCACACCUACUAUCGGCUGUGUCAUGACAGGGCUUAUUGCCGACGCGCGCGCACAAGUACAACGAGCACGAUCGGAGGCGGCAGAUUUCCGCUUCAAGUAUGGCUACGAAAUCACCCCCGACGCGCUCGCUCGACGACUAGCGAACAUCAACCAAGUCUACACGCAGCGCGCGGCUAUGCGACCGUUGGGCAUCUCGAUGAUCGUCAUUGGCAUCGACGCAGAAUUCGGCCCUCAAUGCUUCCGGCUCGAUCCUGCAGGCUACUUCGUCGGCUUCCACGCGACGUCGGCGGGGCAAAAGCAUCAGGAAGCAAUGAACCACCUCGAGAAGAAGUGGAAGAAACUCGACAAUGGGCGUGGAGCAGAGGAUGCUGUCGCGGCGGGCAAGACUCUUAGCAGAGCUGAGGUGAUCGAGAUCGCGAUCGAGGCGCUCUCGACAGUGCACGCUACAGACUACAAGUCAGGUGAGGUCGAGAUCGGGAUUGUGUCGGAGGGCGAGGAGGAGGACCCGAAGACGCGGGGGCAGUGGCGCGUCAUGGACGAGAAAGAGAUCGAGCAGCACCUGCUCGCGUACGCCGAGAAGGAUUGAUUGUACACAUAUCGGACUGCAUUUUCCAUUGCUCUCGAAGGUUUCGCGUUUCGCGGCGUUGAGGCAUACC